GUAUGUAGCUAUGAGGUUGGCAGACGUGCUACAAAGAAAUUCGAAGAACUUGUUAGCUUAGUUGGAACUCAUUUAAAUCCAAAGCCUUCCUUUAUUGCUGAAAGGUACAAGUUCAGUUUGCGAAAUCAGCAAGAACACGAAUCAAUUGCUGAUUAUAUUGUCAAACUAAAAGAACUUUCAAUCAAUUGUGAAUUUCAAGCAAAUUGGCCAGAUUAUUUGCGGGAUCGUUUGGUGAGUGGUCUGCGGAGUGAUGCAAUCAAAAAGAGGCUGUUAGGCGAACAUGAGUUAACGUAUGAUGCAGCGGUAAAAAUUGCCUUGAGUAUGGAGUUAACAGACAAGGAGGCGGCUUCAUUAUCAUCAGUUCCAGUAGGCCUCCAAAGGGAGGAAAAGAUCGCGCAGCUUCAGCGUCAUGGUGGAGGAGGUAACAGGCCGGUGGAGAGUCAAGGGCGUGGCCAAUCAACAGUUCAUGGACAGCACGGUGCCUGUUUCUGUUGCGGCAAGUACGGCCACCGCGCUGGAAAUUGCAGAUUCAAAUCGUACAAAUGUAACAAUUGUGGGAAAAGUGGACAUUUAGUUAAAGUCUGUAAAGCAAAGGGUAAGUCUUCUUAUUCAUUUAAUAAUAAAGCACAAAACUAUGUGGAUUGUGCAGAUGUUGGGGGUAAUGAUGGUUUUAAAUAUCGAGAUGAUGAUGAAAAUUGUAAUGAAAAUCAUUAUUUAACCAAUCUAUAUACAUUGAAGUCAGAGUAUGAGCGUGACAAAAUUAAUAGUGUAACAAGAAUCAAGCCAAUCACACUAGAAUUGAUAGUUGAAAACAAACCUCUCUUAUUUGAGGUUGACAGUGGGGCUUGUGUAUCAGUAAUUAAUGUAAGAUGUUAUGAGGAAACCUUUUCUCAUCUGGAAUUGCAGCCAACAAAUUUAGUUUUAAGUUCAUAUACUAAUAAUCCAAUCAUACCUAAGGGCAAAGUGGCGGUUACAGUCAAACAUAAGAACAGGGAACACCAAUUGACAUUGUAUGUAAUUAACAAUGGUGCAAAUCCAUUGAUUGGUAGAGACUGGAUGAGAGACCUCAAAUUGGUAGUUCAAAUCCCAGAAGCUAAAAAUUUGCAUUCCGUAAUUAGUAAACAACCCAUUAAUAACUCAGAAGUAGGUUUAGUUCAUGAGACAGAGUUGAUAAACGAGUUGUAUAAUAAAUAUCCAGGUGUUUUCACAGACAAGUUAGGUUGCUAUAAGGGUGAGUCAGCACGUUUAGAGUUAAAGGAUAAUGUUUAUCCUAAGUUUUUGAAACCUAGGACCAUCCCUUAUGCAUUGCAAGACAAAGUAAAAGCAGAAAUAGAGAGGCUAGAGCAGGAAGGCAUUUUGGAAGCAGUAAGCAACAGUGAAUGGGGUACUCCUAUUGUACCUGUAAUAAAAAGAAAUGGUGAAUUGAGAAUAUGUGCCGAUUUUCUUAGUUCUACUGUUAAUAAAUGCUUAGUUGUGAAUCAUCAUCCAAUUCCUAAAAUUGAGGACUUGUUUAAUAGAUUACAAAAAGGUGAAAAAUAUUCAAAAAUAGAUUUGUCACAAGCUUAUCAGCAAGUAAGACUUGAUGAAGGAUCCAAACAUAUUUGUACUAUAAGCACUCCUUGGGGCCUUUUCAGAUAUAAUAGACUGCCAUUUGGUAUUGCCUCAGCACCUGGUAUUUUUCAACAAAUUAUGGAAAAAAUUCUGGCUGGAAUUCCGGGAGUAGUUUGUUUUCUUGAUGACAUCUUAGUUAGUGGUAAAAACUUGACAGAGCAUUAUGAUAGGUUAACAGAAGUAUGUAAGAGAUUGGAUGCUAAUGGUUUAGCAGUAAGUAAGAAUAAGUGUGAGUUUUUCAAAAAAACGGUGGAGUAUUUGGGAUUUAUUAUUAGUAAGGAGGGAUUGAGAACAGCACCAAGUAAGAUUGCGGCUAUAACAAAUGCCCCUACUCCAACUAAUGUGAGUCAACUCCAAGCAUUUCUGGGAUUAGUAAACUAUUAUUGUAAAUAUGUGCCUAAAUUAGCAACAAUUGCAGCCCCUCUGCAUCAACUGUUACGUAAAGAUAGUGUUUUCAACUGGUCAGUGUCAUGUCAACAAGCCUUUGAAUUGAUUAAAAGUAAAUUAAUUGCAGCGCCUAUACUAGCACAUUAUGAUGCUAAGUUGCCACUUCAAUUAGCUACCGACUCAUCAGCUUAUGGCUUAGGUUGCGUACUGAGUCAGAUUCAAAAAGAUGGAUCAGAAAAACCAAUUUGUUAUGCUUCUAGAACUUUGUCAAAAGCUGAGAAAGGAUAUUCUGUGAUUGAUAGAGAAGCAUUGGCUAUUGUUUAUGGUAUAAAAAGGUUUAAUCAGUAUUUGUAUGGUAAUAAGUUUACAUUACUAACAGACCAUAAACCGUUAUUAUCUAUAUUUGGGUCGAAGAAAGGAUUGCCAGUAUAUGCAGCUAGUAGGCUGCAAAGAUAUGCCUUGUUUUUGACAAAUUAUGAUUUCAAUAUCAAGUAUAUUACAUCUAGAGCCAAUGCCAAUGCAGAUUGCUUAUCAAGACUUCCAUUGAAUGUAAAAGAUUUUGUUUUUGAAAAUGAUAAUGUGGACUAUGUGGGUACAUAUUUACAGUUUAUCACAGAAAAUGACAUUCCUAUUGAUUUUAACUGUGUGAAAUUAGAAACAAGUAAAGAUACACUAUUAAAAAAAGUUUACAGUUAUGUUAUGUAUGGUUGGCCAGAGGGUAAGCUUAAUUCAAACAUGGAAGAUAUGAGACCAUUUUUCCAAAAACAACAUGAAUUAGUUAUAGAGCAGGGUAUUCUGAUGUGGGGACAUAGGGUUAUUAUUCCUUCCUGUUUACGCAAAGCUUUGCUGUCAGAAUUGCAUUGUGGACAUUUAGGCAUCAUAAAAAUGAAAGCAAUGGCAAGGUCGUAUUUUUGGUGGCCAGGUAUAGAUGCUGAUAUAGAAUGUUUGGCUAAUAGUUGUGGAGCUUGCUUAGAACAAAGGCAACUCCCUUCUAAGAGUGUUUUACAUGUGUGGGAAUUUCCAAGAAACCGUGGGAAAGAAUUCAUCUUGAUUUCUUGGGUCCAAUCAAUUCACAAAUUUAUCUUAUAA